AUGUCCAACCAAACCAUCGUGACUGAAUUCCUUCUCCUGGGAUUUUCUGAAGUGCGGGAAGAGCAGAUUUUACACUUCCUGGUGUUUCUAGUGAUUUACUUGGCAUCCCUGGUGGGGAAUCUUCUCAUCAUCAUCGUCAUAGCCCUCAAUCAGCACCUUCACACCCCCAUGUACUUUUUCCUGGGCAACUUAUCCUUCGUAGACGUCUGCUACAUCUCAGUCACAGUCCCCAAGUCCAUGGCUGACUCCCUAACCAACAACAGACUCAUCUCUUUCUCUGGAUGUGUCACUCAAGUCUUUCUGGUUAUAACUUUUACAGCAGCAGAACUGGCCUUUCUCACGGUGAUGGCGUAUGAUCGCUACAUUGCAAUCUGCCGUCCUCUGCAUUACAAGGUGACUAUUAACAGAGGUGCAUGUGCCCAGUUGGCAGUUGGUUCAUGGAUCAGCAGCAUGAUGUGCUCUGUAUUACACACAACUAAUACCUUUAGGUUACAUUUCUGUGAGUCCAAUGUUAUCGCUCAGUUUUUCUGUGAUAUUCCACAGUUGCUAAAGAUCUCUUGCUCUGAUACACACGCUAAU